AUGACGACGAAAUUGUUGUCUCUGAUGGCGAGCGUGCACCCCUCCGAGCAGCAUGAGCGGCCUCCUCUUGCCAAGCAUUCCUUGCGGGGCACAAAACGUCCGUCCACAUGGGCCGAGGGCCGCGCCGCGAAAGUGGCGUACCCCCCCGCCUGGGGCGGGGUCUACCCACUAGGGCUGGCACACGCGCGCCCGACCUGCGGGCAACUCAUCGAACCAGAACCAGAACCAGCUCCAGACCCAAUCUAUAUGGUAGACCCCGUGACUGGGGGGCCGAUGCGGCCGGGCCCCGACAUCGAGUUCAAUUCAGAGGGUGCGCCUGUGCCCACAAAUGAGGAGUUCCGGCUUCAGGUCUUGAGGAGCUACAACAUCCUCAAUACAGAACCGGAGUCCCGCUACGACCGCAUCUCGGCCCUUGCCUCAAUGAUCUUUCAUACCCCCGUGGCCCUCGUGUCCCUGGUUGACGAGAACCGGCAGUGGUUCAAGUCAAACAUCGGACUUCCCGGUUGCACAGAAACCAAGAGAACCGGGUCCUUUUGUACAUACGCCAUCUUGCCAGCAGUGGAUCCCUGCCUGGUUGUCUGCGACGCGCUGAAAGACGGCCGGUUCUGUAAAAACGCUCUGGUCAUUGGAGAGCCACACAUUCGCUUCUACGCGGGCGCUCCGCUAAUCACCAAGGGCAAUUUUGUGCUCGGCUCUCUUUGUAUCAUUGACUUCAAGCCUCGCAACGAGUUUACGGCGGAGGAACAUGAGUUGCUGAUGUCCCUGGCGCAGCUCGUGGUGCAGGAGAUGGAGAAGCACACGCGGUAUCUCGAGCUGCAGCGGAUCCAGGCGGAGAGGUUCGAGGACGACAAGCGGGGCCUGCUCCGGGCGAUCGACGCGUUCGAUGAGGGCCUGGUCCUGUGCGACAUGUCCCAAAAGGGCCACCCGAUCGUGUUCGUCAACGAGGGGUGGGAGAAGCUCACCGGAUACUCCAUCCAGGAAGUCCUCGGCCUGCACUGCGGCAGCCUGCUCGAGGGACCCCUGACGGACAGAGAUGCGAAGCGAACCCUCGCCGAGGCCUGCGCCAAAGGCGAAUCCGCUUCCGUUGAGAUCCUGAACUACCGCAAGAACGGAACGCCCUUCUGGAACUGGCUCCGGAUACGGCCGGCGGUGUUACCGAUGGGGACAACCUUCGCAAGCGGUGCCGGGGAGAGCAACAGGUACUACUUUGGGAUUCUGUCCGACUGCACGAUCCGAAAGGAGAAGGAGCAGCGGCUGGAAGCGAUCCGGCUGCAGGAGUUCGAGGCGGAGGCGAGCACGCGCGCCAAGCGGUCGUUCGUGGCCAAUAUCAGUCACGAGAUCCGGACGCCGAUGAAUGCGAUCCUGGCGUGCAGUCAGUUGUUGACGGACAUGCCGUCGCUAACCGCAAAGCAACGGGAGCUGUCGCAGAUGAUCCAGGGCUCGGGGCAGCAGCUACUGAGCCUCAUCAACGACAUUCUAGACUUCAGCAAGCUGGACGCGGGCAAGCUGGCGCUCAAGCCGGCGGAGUUCAGCCUGUGGGGGUGCCUCGACUUUUGCGUGGAGAUGCUCGUGCUCAAGUGCGAACACAAGGGCCUGCACCUCUCCUACAACAUGGACCCCUCUGUCCCUGACUGGAUAUGGGCGGACGAGGUCCGCCUGCGUCAAAUCCUGACCAACCUUCUGAGCAACGCCUCAAAGUUCACCGACGAGGGGGGGGAGGUCGAAGUCUCCGUCACUGCCAAGCGCAUCUUCCGGAGCCUUUCAUCGAAGGAACCCGCGGAGUACCCUCGUUCGGGGGGGUCGUUUACCCCCUGGACUGGGGGAGGAUUCUUCUCGAACGUGACGGGACCGGUGUUUCUCCGGGAACGCGUUUCUGAAGCGUUUCCAGAGUGCUCGGGAGAAAGCCCCGGGACGCUUCCUGAGUAUAGGAUCACGAUUGCGGUGCGGGAUACGGGGAUCGGCAUCCCGGCCAGUUUUCAGAAGCGGCUGUUCGACGCGUUCAGCCAGUGCGACAACUCACGGACCAGGCUCUAUGAAGGCACGGGUCUUGGGCUCGCCAUCAGCCGAGACUUGGCAGAGCGCAUGGGGGGAAGCAUGUGGGUCGAGAGCGAAGAAGGCGUCGGAAGCACGUUCUUCGUCGCCAUCACUGCCCGGGGAUCCAUGCAGCCGUCCACCGGGCAGUCCCAACUCCCACCGGUCACGUUAACCCCCAACGAGUGCCUUCAACAAGCAGGUUCUUCGAUGUCCGAGCAACCGCUUGUGCCUGACCAGACUCAACCCAAACCGGUUAUGAAUACCCCCGACGAGACCCUGGAGCAACCAGGCCCUUCAACGUCCGCGCAACCGCUGUUGACCGAUCAGACACAACGACCACCACCGGUUACGUUAACCCCGGACCAGUCACUCCCCUUGCCCACUGAUUGCAACAACCACCAGGCUGCAACACCGUCUAUGGAACGGAUACCCCCACCUGCGACCAAUUCCGUCCUCCAACGACUGGUUACGCCAAUCACUGGGCGCCGUGCGCUGCUCGUGGGCACGCGGGGCGCGUUUCACCGAAUGGUCGGGUCGAUGCUCCGGGCAUGGGGGGUGGACGUUUCGACGGCAUCGUCGGACUCGGAGCUGAGCGCGCAAGCGGGCGGUUCAAACAAUGCUGCGACCGGUUUGAUGGCUUCGUCGGUUCCGGUGCUGAGCGCGUUAGCGGGCAGUUCUGCGACCGGUUCGGACUCUGAUGCAGGCGGCUCCGCCGAGAAAGCGACCGGUUCAGGCCCUCAGUUUAAACCGGGAAACAGGUUCGACGUGUUUAUCGUAGACUGUCCGGUCGCUAGCCGGUGUUCCAACGAGCAGAGGGCGGAUGCGCCUGGACAAAAGCACCAGGUGGGUACCGGGGGAGAGCACCGGGUGGGGUCGGACUCAGACAAGCAGAAGAAAGGGGCGCCCGGGGAAGAGUACCGGGCAGCGGUGCAGCUGAUGCGGCGUGCGUGCGCGCUGGCGCGGGGCGUCCCGACGUUGCUGCUCGCGUCCAAGAGCGCAAAGAGCACGCUCGACUUGCCGACGGAGAUCCAGGAUCACGUCAUGUGCUUGUCACAGCCAGUACGCAUCAAAGCCCUCUACACGACCCUCCUGCAAACGCUCGCCCCCUCGCGCCCCGCCGCCCCCCUUAUCACCCCGACCACUUUUUCCGCCCCCGGAACCCCCUCCCCGAGAGACACGUGUCUUCAGAUUACGGUCGCGGAAGACAAUCCCAUCAACCAGAGAGUGCUUCACAAGAUGCUGAAAGCGUUGAGCUAUACCGAGAUACGGACGGCGGUCAACGGGGCCGAGGUGCUGAAGCUGGUCAAGGAGCAGACGCCGGACGUUAUCCUGAUGGACAUACACAUGCCCGAGAUGGAUGGCCUCACCGCAACGACCAGAACAAGGGCAUACUUGGCGGAAGACCAGCAGCCUAUGAUCAUCGCCCUGACCGCUGACGUCGGAAACGACAUAGAAAAGGAGUGCCGAGAUACGGGCAUGGUUGGUUACCUCAGCAAACCAGUGCAGAAGGCCCAGCUCGAAAAGAUGCUCUCGAAGUGUGUAUUUUACAAAAAGCAUGCGGAGCAACGGAGGACGUUGAAAUGGAUAGAUGUAUAGUUUUUCCUCUAGAGCGCAUGCCAACGAAAAGGUUGCCUUUCAGAUAGGCAUAUUGCAUAGGGCACCUUAGUCACGGGUUCACAACAGCUAUAGAUCAAUGUACUAGAGUCAAUGUCUGCUGCAUCGGGUUGUCAAACGUGGGUGUUUAAACUUUAGGAUGCGUGUUAAGAAGCGUCUGAUCAGCUUAGUUGUAGGCUAGCUCAUGCACAGUAGGCCGCGCAGCUCGCAAAGUGAAAGAAAAUCAAGACGGGCGAAAUAAGUUACAGGCAAUUUAAGGACUUGGGUUCUUGCAUGUGUUGCAUAAAUGUACAAGUAGAUUAUCAACCUAGAGGACUUCGAGUCAGACGGUUUGAUUCUGGAUCGAUCAUGAUAAUUUCUAACAGGUGGUCGGAUAGGCAAUACUGUCAUCCCGCGCACUUGACAAUCAGAUGAUACGUUUUGCCAUAGCGUUGUUGAAGAGGCGUGCAAGCCCGCCCCUAACUUGUUAGAGAAAUCCAAGUCUCCCACCUGUCAGAGAAAGAUUGCUUUGCAAGAUGAGGU